GCGGCUCUUCCGGUCGGAAAUGGGGAGCAGGAAGAGUCCGACGGAGACGAAAGCUGAAACUUCAGACUGAAACUGACGGGUUUGUCCUCUGUGGAUGAAAUGUGUCCGGUGGCGGUUUUAUUUCUGCUCGUGUCGGGAGUUUUGGUGAAAAGCGAGAGGCAUUCCCUCACCUACAUCUACACGGCUCUCUCCAAACCUGCCGGACUCCCGGGUAUCCACGAGUUCACAGCCAUGGGACUGCUGGACAACAAGAUGAUCGACUACUUUGACAGUGAGACCCAGAAGAAGGUUCCCAAACAGGACUGGAUGAAAGAGCGCCUGCCUCCAGAUUACUGGGACAAAGGCACACAGUCCCGCCAGAGCAAGCAGCAGUGGUUCAAAGUCAGCAUCGACAUCCUGAUGAAGCGCAUGAGACACAACGACUCAGACGUCCACGUUCUUCAGUGGAUGGUCGGCUGCGAAGGCGACAAGAAGUCUGACGACAAGAUGAAGUUCCACCGCGGCAUUUUCACGUACAGCUACGACGGAAACGACUUCCUGUCCUUCGACGGCCCCGACUCAGUCUGGGUCGCCCCAACUGAAGCGGCAUUCCCGACCAAGAGGAAGUGGGACGAUAUUACGGUCCUGAAAGAAUACAUCAAAGGCUACCUGGAAGUGGAGUGCAUCGAUUGGCUGAGCGUGUUAACAGUAUACGGGCAAAGGCGGCUAAAAACGGCACCUCCUCCGAAAGUGUUCGUGUUCACAAAAACCACCAACGUGAAGACAAACGUCAUGUUGACGUGUCUGGCCACAGGCUUCUACCCAAAAGACGUCGUCCUGCGGAUCAAAAGGAACGGCCGUAUCCUGACUGAAGACGACGGCGUGAUGUCCUCGGGCGUCCGACCGAACGAAGACGACACCUUCCAGAGAAGAGACAGCGUGGAGAUUUUAAGGAGCGACGUAUCUACGUUCACCUGUGAGGUCGUUCACGAUGCAUCUGGAGUUCAUGUAUUGAGAGUUUGGGAUAACAAGCUUCCCGGCGCUGCAGGAAUGACCGUGGAUGAUGCAGUUAAGUUGAUCCCAGUGAACGUGGUGGUCGUGAUUUUGGGACUUCUGCUAGUGUUCGUUAAGAGAAGAUCAAUAAUUGGUUGGGUGGUUAGCAAUAUAUACAAGGUAUACGCAUAUUACAACCCAGCUCAUUAGGGAGAGGAAAACAACAUCAAAACCAGGUGUUUUCGGUUAAAUUAAAGUUAUUUAUUAACCAAGAAAAAGGCGAGGCAAAACUUUAACACAAAGGGGUCUCAAACUCUGUGAAAAAUCAAAGAAAUCAGUACAACAAAAUGGUUAUUAGUAUAAAUAACAACAGUGUCGAGCCUUUUUGGUGAGGCGCUUCUGUGGCGAUUCUGCGGUAAAAUAAGAGAACGGCAGAUGAGGUGGCGUGCUGUGUUAGCGUGACAGCAGGAGCGCGUGGAGACCGUAGUGCACGUUGACACCCGCCUGUUGACAUUGCAACAUGCAUCACAGUUUUUUUAGAAAAGCUGCUGUGAAAUCGGGUAUCUCAGGACGCAACAAACUCCAAAAAACAGCCUUCGAAAUCCUGGAGAGACUGAUUAACCCUUUGAAACCUGCAGCGACAGCAGCUUUCAUGUGCUGCUUUCAGACGCCUCUCACGAGCUG